AUGGGUCGAGAACAGGACCUGAUCCUCGCUGUCAAAAACGGAGAUGUGACUGGUGUGCAGAAACUGGUGGCGAAGGUCAAGGCCACAAAGACAAAGCUCCUUGGCUCCACGAAGAGGCUCAAUGUCAACUACCAGGAUGCUGAUGGCUUUUCGGCUCUCCACCAUGCCGCCCUGGGGGGCAGCCUGGAGCUCAUCGCCCUGCUGCUGGAGGCUCAGGCCACCGUGGAUAUCAAGGACAGCAAUGGCAUGCGCCCACUGCACUACGCGGCCUGGCAGGGCCGCCUGGAGCCUGUGAGGCUGCUGCUGCGCGCCUCUGCGGCCGUGAACGCCGCCUCGCUGGACGGGCAGAUCCCACUGCACCUGGCUGCCCAGUACGGACACUAUGAAGUGUCAGAAAUGCUCCUCCAGCAUCAGUCCAACCCGUGCCUGGUCAACAAGGCCAAGAAGACGCCCUUGGACUUGGCCUGUGAGUUUGGACGGCUCAAGGUGGCCCAGCUGUUGCUGAAUAGCCACUUAUGCGUGGCACUGCUGGAGGGGGAGGCCAAGGACCCGUGUGACCCCAACUACACCACGCCCCUGCACUUGGCUGCCAAGAACGGCCACAGAGAGGUCAUCAGGCAGCUCCUGAGAGCUGGGAUUGAGAUCAACCGCCAGACCAAAACAGGCACAGCGCUCCACGAGGCCGCACUGUAUGGCAAGACUGAGGUGGUGCGGCUGCUCCUGGAGGGCGGGGUGGACGUGAACAUUCGGAACACAUAUAACCAGACGGCGCUGGACAUCGUGAAUCAAUUCACCACUUCCCAGGCCAGCCGGGAGAUUAAGCAGCUAUUGCGGGAGGCCUCAGGGAUCCUGAAGGUCCGGGCCCUCAAGGAUUUCUGGAACCUCCACGACCCCACUGCCCUCAAUGUCCGGGCAGGGGACGUCAUCACGGUGCUUGAGCAGCAUCCAGACGGCCGCUGGAAGGGCCACAUCCACGAGAGCCAGAGGGGCACCGACCGCGUGGGCUACUUUCCCCCGGGCAUCGUCGAGGUGGUCAGCAAGCGGGUGGGUGUCCUGGCACCCCGCCUCCCCUCUGUGCCCACCCCCCUGCGCCCAGGCUUCUCCAGGACGCCACAGCCCCCUGCCGAGGAGCCCCUGCAUCCCCUCACCUAUGGCCAGCUGCCCCGGGUGGGCCUCAGCCCAGACAGCCCAGCAGGUGACAGGAACAGCGUGGGCAGCGAGGGCAGCGUGGGCAGCAUCCGCAGUGCUGGCAGCGGGCAGAGCUCCGAAGGCACCAAUGGCCACAGCACUGGCCUCCUUAUCGAGAACGCCCAGCCGCUGCCCUCUGCCGGAGAGGACCAGGUGCCUCCAGGACUACAGCCCCCGUCCCUGGCAGACAACCCAAACCACCGCCCUCUGGCCAACUAUCGCUCGGGGGAGCAGCACUUCACCCAGGACGUGAGGCCUGAGCAGCUGCUGGAGGGGAAGGAUGCUCAGGCCAUUCAUAACUGGCUGAGCGAGUUCCAACUGGAGGGCUACACUGCACACUUUCUGCAGGCCGGCUACGACGUGCCAACCAUCAGCCGCAUGACGCCCGAGGACCUGACGGCCAUUGGGGUGACCAAGCCUGGGCACAGGAAGAAGAUUGCCUCGGAGAUUGCCCAGCUGAGCAUCGCCGAGUGGUUGCCCAACUACAUCCCAGCGGACCUGCUGGAGUGGCUGUGCGCCCUGGGGCUGCCGCAGUACCACAAGCAGCUGGUGAGCAGUGGCUACGACUCCAUGGGGCUGGUGGCUGACCUCACCUGGGAGGAGCUGCAGGAGAUCGGCGUCAACAAGCUCGGUCAUCAGAAGAAGCUCAUGCUGGGGGUGAAGCGGCUGGCUGAGCUCCGGCGGGGCCUACUGCAGGGGGAGUCUCCGGGGGAAGGCGGCCGCCGGCUGGCCAGGGGCCCAGAACUGAUGGCCAUUGAGGGGCUGGAGAACGGGGAUGGGCCCCCUGUGGCCAGCCCACGCCUCCUCACCUUCCAGGGCAGCGAGCUGAGCCCCGAGCUCCAGGCGGCCAUGGCAGGUGGCGGCCCCGAGCCACUCCCCCUGCCCCCUGCCCGCUCCCCCAGCCAAGAGAGCAUUGGGGCCCGCUCACGGGGGUCUGGUCACUCGCAGGAACAGCCUGCCCCUCAGCCAGGUGGUGGGGACCUCAACGCCCCACAGGAGAGGAAUCUUCCAGAGGGCACAGAGCGGCCCCCUAAACUCUGUUCCCCACUUCCUAGCCAAGGGCCCCUGCCUUACGUUUUCAUGUACCCCCAGGCCUCACCCUCCAGCCCUGCCCCUGGGCCGCCUCCGGGCACUCCCCGGGCCUUCUCCUACUUGGCCGGCUCCCCGGCCACUCCUCCAGACCCCCCGCGGCCCAAGCGCCGGUCCCACAGCCUGAGCCGCCCUGGCCCAGCCGAGGGGGAGGCCGAUGGGGAGGCCGAAGGGCCAGUGGAUAGUGCCCUGGGCAGCUACGCCACCCUCACUCGGCGACCAGGACGCAGCACCCUCGCCCGGACCAGCCCCAGCCCAACCCCAACGCGGGGGGCUCCCCGCAGCCAGUCCUUUGCCCUCCGGGCUCGCCGAAAAGGCCCCCCACCCCCGCCCCCCAAGCGCCUCAGCUCCGUCUCUGGCUCCACCCCGGAGCCCCCACCACCGGAUGGAAGCCUGGGGCCCAAGGAAGGGGCCACAGGGCCCCGGAGGCGAACACUGAGCGAACCCACAGGCCCCUCAGAGCCGCCUGGCCCACCUGCCCCGGCCGGCGCCGCAUCGGACACGGAGGAGGAGGACCCGGGGCCCGAGGGGACACCCCCAUCUCGGGGCAGCUCAGGGGAAGGGCUCCCCUUUGCGGAGGAGGGGAACCUGACUAUCAAACAGCGGUAUGAAGCCAGGGCCUGCGGGGAGAGGUUGGUGUGGGUAGGGCCUGUGUCCGGCUCAGCUGAGUCACAGGCCAACCUCUUUGUCUCUGCAGGAACAGCCCCCAAGCCUGUGUCGGUGGCCUGCACCCAGCUGGCAUUUUCCGGCCCUAAGCUGGCUCCCCGGCUUGGUCCCCGCCCGGUGCCCCCUCCAAGGCCAGAGAGCGCGGGGGCCGCGGGCCCGGGCCGGGCCCAGCAGAGACUGGAGCAGACCAGCUCGUCGCUGGCAGCUGCACUGCGGGCCGCGGAGAAGAGCAUUAGUGCAGAGGAGCGAGAGGGCGCCCCCGGCGCCUCCGCCAAGCACAUCCUAGAUGACAUCAGCACCAUGUUCGACGCCCUGGCUGACCAGCUGGACGCCAUGUUGGACUGA